AUGAUGCUUCCCAAGGAUGACCCUGAAGAGUUUGUGCGCCCCGUGGCUUGCCCACGGGAUGGCGACGCUGCCCUCAAUCACCGCCGGAGUACUUAUGCCGGCGCACUCGCUUUCAAUCUCGUCGCGUUCGUGCUUCCCGCCCUCUACGGCACCCUUUCCAAGCUCUGGGUCGCCAACAUCGACUCCUCCCUUGUCGUUACCACGGACGCGUACACCUACAUCGGUGUCGUGGCCGAGGUCCUCAACGAAGGUCUCCCGCGCGCGGCAUGGGUGAUCAUUGGCGACAAGGCCUCCCGCUCCCUGAUGCAGGCGGGACGACACGGCCGAGUGCGAAGGCGCUCUUCAUCCUCCUCCGUCCCGGCGCCCUAA